UAUUCCCCGCUCGCCUCACCGUUCCCUCCAACCAGACAGCCUAACUCGGUGAAGACAGAAAAAGGAGGACGACGAAGAUUAGAUAACUGCAACGCCGGCAGAGGUUAUCUCUCUUCUCCUCAAAACCUCUAACCUUAACCGGAGCAUUCGCCGGCGAUCUCCCCGAAUUCUCGAUGGCAGCUCCCACCCUCACAGCCAGCCUCAAUCCCGCUGCAAACGCCUCCCGUCUGCUGCCUGCCACUCCUAUAAAGGAUGAAUACCCAAAAAUCUUUGGUUAUACUAUGAUUCCCGUAUCUAAGGGCGUACGAGCGCGGGCUAUGGCCUCUACUUGGUCUCCAGGUAGCUGGAAAUCGAAGAAGGCGCUCCAGAUUCCAACGUACCCCGAACCGGCGGAGCUGGAAUCCGUCCUCCGGGAUUUGGAGACAUAUCCGCCGCUCGUUUUCGCAGGCGAGGCAAGGAAGCUUGAAGAAAGAUUGAGUGAGGCGGCCAUGGGGAGGGCGUUCCUUCUCCAGGGCGGCGAUUGUGCCGAGAGCUUCAAGGAAUUUAACGCCAAUAACAUCAGGGAUACAUUUAGGGUUUUGUUGCAGAUGGGAGUGGUGUUAACAUUUGGAGGACAGAUGCCCAUCAUAAAGGUUGGAAGAAUGGCAGGACAAUUUGCUAAACCACGAUCAGAACCCUUUGAGAUGAUCGAUGGUGUGAAGCUUCCUAGUUAUCAAGGAGAUAACAUCAACAAUGAUUAUUUUAAUGAGGAUGCUCGAAGGCCAGAUCCCAAAAGAUUGCUUAGAGCUUAUAGCCAAUCUGCAGGUACUUUGAACCUUCUUAGAGCAUUUGCUACCGGAGGUUAUGCAGCUAUUCAAAGAGUUUCAAAAUGGAAUCUUGAUUUUGUGGAGCACAGUGAGCAAGGAGACAGAUAUAUGGAGUUGGCACAAAGGGUUGAUGAAGCUAUUGGAUUCAUGGUUGCUGCUGGUCUUACUUCUGAUCAUCCUAUAAUGACAACAACAGAAUUCUGGACAUCACAUGAAUGUCUCCACCUACCUUAUGAGCAAGCACUCACUCGGGAGGAUUCAACAACCGGUCUCUACUAUGAUUGUUCUGCGCAUAUGUUGUGGGUUGGGGAGCGGACUCGACAACUUGAUGGCGCGCAUGUUGAAUUUCUUCGUGGGGUGUGCAAUCCUUUGGGCAUAAAGGUGAGCGACAAGAUGGAUCCUUUGGAGCUGGUGAAACUCUGUGAGAUUUUGAAUCCUGACAACAAGCCCGGUCGAUUAACCAUAAUUGCUCGAAUGGGAGCCGCGAACAUGCGGGUAAAGCUUCCACAUCUGAUCAGAGCAGUGCGCCAGUCCGGCCUCACAGUCACUUGGGUGAGCGACCCCAUGCAUGGCAACACCAUGAAGGCCCCAUGCGGCUUGAAAACGCGCUCUUUCGACGCCAUCAGAUCAGAAUUGAGGGCGUUCUUCGACGUCCACGGACAAGAAGGGAGCCACCCCGGUGGAGUUCAUUUGGAGAUGACGGGACAAAAUGUGACCGAGUGCAUCGGAGGGUCGAAGGCGGUGACGUUUGAUGAUUUGAGCUCGAGGUAUCACACCCAUUGUGAUCCGAGGCUAAAUGCUUCACAGUCAUUGGAGCUGGCUUUUGCCAUUGCUGAGAGGCUGCGGAAGAGGAGAGAAAUGGCAUGGAAUGAUUGGGUUUUUGACGAUAAGCAGAAGACUGUUGCUGUAUAGAAUGGGGAAUGGUGUGAUCGUCUUUGGACCUGCUGUUCUGCUUUCUGCUUCAGCGCAUCAAACUUUUUUGUAGGAAAUUUACAUACCCUAGCAGACAUAUCUUACAACUAAG